AUGCUCCGUGCAUCCCUAGCCAAGCCCUCCCCCCCUGUCCUCCGCCGCUGCAUGACAUCGCUAGCCGCCAAAAAAGAAGGCGACAUCUCGGAUGCAUUUACGUCGCUGUCCGGGGCCCAGCGCGAGCCUUUACCCGAUCGAUAUCGUCAGCUGAAACUCAAUCUCCUGCAAGGUCGUCAAGAUAAGAUCGUUCAAUCGUGGAACAAGCUCCUUCGUGAGUUGAAGCGGGAGAAUGAGAUUGUUGCACAGAAAGGACCGGGUGUUAUACCCCAGAUUGAGUUUAAGGAUCUGGAGAGGAGCAGUGAUGCGCUGAGGGAGGAGGUCAAGAAGAGAGGUGUUGUUGUGGUGAGGGGUGUUGUUCCGGAGGGUGAGGCGAGGGCGUAUAAGGCUGAGGUGGAGGAGUAUGUUGCUAGGAAUCCAUCUACACGAGCGUUUCCACCUCACGAUCCUCAAGUCUACGAACUAUACUGGUCACCACCCCAACUAAAAGCCCGCUCACACCCCAACUUCCUCAGCGUGCAACAUAACCUCAUGUCUCUCUGGCACACCACAUGCCCAGCCUCAAUCUCCCUCUCCCAGCCCUUCAGCUACGCCGACCGCCUACGUAUCCGCCAACCCGGCGACGCCAGCUUCGCUCUCGGUCCGCACAUCGACGGCGGAAGCGUCGAGCGCUGGGAGCCAGAAGGGUACGGCGCAGGACACGUCUACGACGCCAUCCUCCAAGGGAACUGGGAAUCCUACGAUCCGUGGGAUGCGAGCGGACGUGUUGACGCUGUGAACAAUCGGCCGUUUUUUAAGGCAAAGAGUGAUAAUUUGGGGCAGGGGUACUUGGAGGAGGGGAAUUGGGAGUUGAUGAGGGAUGUUGAUAGUGAGUUGCAGGGUGCGACGCCGGGGACGGGACAGGAGUUGACGGGGGAGUUGCAUCCGCAUCUGGAGCUUGAGAAGACGAUGGUCCACGUUCCUGAGAUACGGCCUGGAGAUUUCGUAGCAUGGCACUGCGACACAAUCCACUCAGUCGACAAAGUACACGCCGGAACAGCAGACUCGUCGGUGCUGUACAUCCCCAUCUGCCCCAUUACGGCACAGAACGCAGAGUACAUGGUGCGCCAGCGCGAGGCCUUCCUCCGUGGCACGCCGGGACCGGAUUUCCCAGGCGGGGCAGGGGAGUCCGGACAUGUGGGGCGGGGCACGGAGGACAUGCUGGACGGCGCGGCUCGUCGGGCGAUGGGCCUGAGCGCGCUGAGGACGGAAGGGGAAGGGGAGGUUGUUAGGGAGGCGAAUCGGAUCCUUGGGUUUUAG